GGCCUCAGGGCCUGCAGGGCCUCCAGCGCCAUGCCUCUCCUCUGCGUGCUGCUGCGCGGCCGCCUGCAGGCCGCUCUGCUCCGCGGGCGUGCGCUCGGGUCCGCGCGGAGCUGGAGCUGCCGAGGAAGCCGAGGAGCCCCGGCCGGAAACGCGCGGGCUGGGCCGGGAGCGCGCGCUGACGCCGCGGCCGUCUCUGCCUCCAAGAGGGCUCGAGCGGAGGAUGGCACUUCUCUGCGCUUCGUGCGGCUCUCGGAGCACGCCACGGCGCCCACCCGCGGGUCCGCGCGCGCUGCCGGCUACGACCUGUUCAGUGCCUAUGAUUAUACAAUAUCACCCAUGGAGAAAGCCAUUGUGAAGACAGACAUUCAGAUAGCUGUUCCUUCUGGGUGCUAUGGAAGAGUAGCUCCACGUUCUGGCUUGGCUGUAAAGCACUUCAUAGACGUAGGAGCUGGUGUCAUAGACGAGGACUACAGAGGAAACGUUGGGGUUGUGCUGUUUAACUUUGGGAAAGAGAAGUUUGAAGUGAAAAAAGGUGAUCGGAUUGCGCAGCUCAUCUGUGAGCGGAUUUCUUAUCCAGACUUAGAGGAAGUGCAGGCCCUGGAUGACACUGAGAGAGGCUCAGGAGGCUUCGGCUCCACGGGGAAGAAUUAGAACUUUGCUGGAAGUAUCAACACUGGAAACCAGAAGCUUUAACUUCGGAAGCAUUUGGUGUUCUAGGAAUGCAGGAAAGGAGACUUCUAUCACAUCACAUUGGAACGAUUCUGUUCCCUGGUUGAUGGUCACCUGUAAGUCUGUACUGUGAGCAUGGCAUUGACAUGCAGACUUGGUAAAACCCAGGGUACAGUUAGAUUUUUUGUUAUUGUUGUAUUAUUUAAAUUAUAGCUUUCCAAAAACUGUUUUUGAUCGUAAUUGCUGUAUCACUUGUAUUUUUUUUUUUACCCAAUAAAGUUGUCUUUUAGCAGAUACGAUUUUACAUAAGCUGACUGAAGAACAUGGAGGCUGAGUCAGGAGGAUUGCAGUGACUUAGGCUAGCCUGGGCUAGUAUGAGAUGCUGUCUAAGGAAAGAGGGUAGUGUUAAAAGUUACUCCUUGUUCUCUGCACUGGUGCUGUGUGACACUGGAACUUAGAAGAUCUACUCACCCCAGAUUUUGAACCCACAAAAGUACAAUUUAGAGUUUAUGGUACUGUGGGGGAGGGACUACAAACAGGAGCGGAAAUGACUUAAAUGUAUCACUGAAAGCCUGCCCACCCAGCAUGGUGACUGCUCCUUAAAGCUGUGAACCUGGAGCACACCGCGCAGCCUCCAGGCCGCUCUGUGGAUCCUGAGUGCCUCAGUAGGGCCUCACCCUGUGUGACUUUUCCAGCAGUUUCCUGCCCGACACCACUGUCUGCCACCCUGAUUGCUUCCCCUCACAGUCCCACUGUCUGUGAAUAGAAAUCUUAAAGGCCAAACGAAAGUUAGUAUUAGCUACAGAUUUAGGAGUGUCGGAAGAUAAAACUAUGCAAGGCAUGCCAUCCUUCAAUUGAUAAUGUAAUCUGCCGCUGGACAUUUCGGCUUUUUCUGCUAGUGUAAACAAAUCAACUGCCCCGCCCCGCCCUGCCACCAGGUAAUUGACCUGAUCAUUUUAGCUGAGAAAUGCACUCUUUAUCAUCCUAAGAAAGGCUGGCUUGGCUAUCUUCCCCAAACAGAAAAUAAAAUAAGUUUGUGUUCCGAACUUCCCCAUUUGGAGGCUGACUGUGUGUACACAGGUGUCCUGUUGCUUUUUCUAAUAAGAAAAGAAAACAGAAAAGGCAUAAAUUAAAAUUUUAGAGGUUACUUCAAGAAGUAUAUGUUUUAAAGGUGUCUAUUUGAAACUACGUGGUUAAAUUGGGGAGUUUUUUUUUUUUCCUGUAAUUUAGCAGGUCUAAAGGAAUAAGUCUAGUAUCUAUAUAAGGCUAUAGACAAAUUAAGACUGUCUUGGUCCUAAUUUAAAAAUGAGUUUCUGGGGGUAGGAAAGAUAGCAUAGUGGUUAUUGCCUCAUGGUUUACCUCCUGCUGAGAUUUCAUUGAGCACAUGAAUAUAUGCAAUACAGAGAGACACAAAUGUAACUAUUUUUAAUUCUCUUGGAAAAGACACUGUUGGGCUUGGUAAAUUCUUUUUCUUUUUUGUACUGUCUAUAAAUGUUCAAAAACAUGGUUCAGGAAAAA